UUUCGAGUUCAAGUUAACUUGUUUUUUUUUACAAAACUUAACAAAACCAUUACAAAAUAAGGUACUCAUGUCAGAAAACGAGUAAAAUACUCUACGCUUUCUGCCUUUUGGCAACCCUAUAAAUUUUUUCCGUCUCUUUUACUCCCGCUCAUACUUCAAGAUGAGUACGAAAAUUAUCAAGCCCGGUGCUGUAGAGCCCGAUCAGUUUGAGACAUCGAUCUCGCAAGCCCUGGUAGAGUUGGAAACUAACUCCGACUUGAAGGCUCAAUUGAGGGAGUUAUAUAUUACAAAGGCAAAAGAAAUUGAACUGCACAACAAAAAAUCAAUAAUCAUCUAUGUGCCGAUGCCUAAGCUGAAGCAGUUCCAGAAGAUCCAAAUCCGUUUGGUAAGAGAAUUGGAGAAGAAAUUCAGUGGAAAGCAUGUUGUGUUCAUUGGUGACAGAAAGAUCCUGCCCAAACCUAGCCACAAGACCCGUGUUGCAAACAAACAAAAGAGGCCUAGAUCUAGAACUCUUACCUCAGUUUAUGAUGCAAUCCUAGAGGACCUUGUGUUUCCAGCUGAGAUUGUUGGCAAGCGCAUUAGGAUAAAAUUAGAUGGAUCACAACUGAUCAAGGUUCAUUUGGACAAGAAUCAACAGACAACCAUUGAACACAAGGUGGACACUUUCCAGUCGGUAUACAAGAAGCUUACGGGGCGUGAAGUUACUUUUGAAUUCCCCGAACCAUACUUGUAAACUUAGAAUAUGACUUUACAAUAAACCUAAAAAAAAUAA